GGGUUUGGCUUUUCAUGCACAGCAAUACUCAGCAUGUUGUUAUUCUGGCACAUGCUGGCCGGAGCCUUUCUCCCCUUCUUCAUCCUCCCAGGACCUUGGGUUUCAGCUGAGAACAUCAACUUCCACAACGUGAGACCUCCACCAGACCCCACUCCAUUCCCAAACAGUUUCAAGUGCUUCACUUGUGAAAAUGCAGUGGACAACUACAACUGUAACAGAUGGGCUGAAGAUAGAUGGUGUCCUGAAAGUACUCAGUACUGUCUGACAGUUCACCUCUUCAGAGACAAUGGGCAGAGCACAUCAGUCACCAAAAAAUGUGCUACAGGAGAAGAAUGCCACUUUGUGGGCUGCCACCGGCACCGAGAAAGCGACCACACGGAAUGUAUCUCUUGCUGUGAGGGCAUGAUCUGCAACGUGGAGAUCCCAACCAAUCACACCAACGCCGUCUUCGCCGUGCUGCACGCCCGGAGGACGUCGGAUGGCAGCAGGCGGACAGCCAGCGUUGCCGUGCUCCUGCCAGUCCUGAUGAUUGCAUGGUCAUGAUGCAGCACCCUCCUUGGGGAGCAUCCCCCUUCCUGUAUGGACUGGCAGAAGCUGUCAGAAGAUGGUUUCAGUGUGUGCAGGGAGAAACCACCCAUCCUGCUGAA